AGGUCGGAUGAUUGCCCUGGUGAGAUGUGGCCCCUUUAACAGAGGAGAGGCGUGGUUAGACGGUGCCCCUUUUAGGGGCGGUGUCCCCACGUGUGGGCUUUCACAGCCUCGUUCAUUCAUCAAUUUUGACGGAGGGCCUGGCCUGACUUGCUCCGGGGAGCAACCUGAUUCACUCCAGGAGGGGGCCGCUGACUCGCUCCCGGAGGGGGGAUGGGGCACCUGACUUGCGGCCGGGCCGGCGUGACUCGCUGCAGGGGAGGCUGCUGAGUCGCUCCCGGGGGGCCACCUGACUCGCUCCAGAGGACCAAGUGCAGUCCCGCGUCUCCAGUGAACCCCCUGGGGAAGCUGCCCUUUAUCCUGUGAGUGACCGCACAGGUAAGUGUCCGGGAAGAGGCUGGGUCCUGGUGGAGGAGAGACCCUCCCAGCCCCAGAUGCGUCGGCUCGAGGGCGACAGCGGCGUCCCAUGUCACGGCUACCUAGUUUGAGCCUGCCGGGGUCCACUUGUCCCGCUGCAGGCGGGAGUGGCCAGAGCUGGUCGGGGCAACACCUGCAACUCUUAGGCGAAGGGUGGAACCUAGGCACCCCCCCCUCCCCGAGGGCCCCUGAGGGGGCGGGACCUCCAUACAAAUCACCAGGCGGGGGCGGAGCCAGACUCUCUAAGAACUUAGAAGAGGCGGGGCUGUACACGCAGACGCGGCGGAGGGCGAAGCCGGGCACCCUGGGGCCCCAGAGGGGGCGGGGUCGCACCGGUAAGUCUUUUGGGCUGAGGCCGCAGAGGGAGGAGGAUCCGGUUCCUUGAGGGCACUGACGGAGGCCGGCACCCAGGAGGCGGUGCUGAGCGUGAAACCCUUUGGAGCGGGGAGCGGGCCACACACGUGAAUCGCUGGUCCGCGGAGGAGGCGGGGGCCAGACUGCCUGAGGGCACCUCCGUGGAGAACGGUCCGCCAGGCCCGGGAUCGGAGGCUCCGCGAGCGAGCUUGCGCCGUUCCCGGGGCGGCGGGGGCGGGUGACGUCACGGCCGGGCCUGCGGCGGCCCGCAGACGCUCUCGGCGCACUCCGCUCCCAUGGCGGCCGAGCCCGAGUCGCCGCCGUCGGCCUGCCGCUUCUUCCUGGAGGGCCGCUGCCGCUUCGGCGCCCGCUGCCGCCAGCCCCACCCCGGGGCGCCGGCCUCGGCACAGCCUAGCCGCGAGGCCGAGGCCGGGGCCAAAAAACCGCCGCUGCGCACGGCGGCGGCCGUCAUCCAGCGCAUCCGCUGGGACCCGCGCCUCGACCCGGCCGACUUCUCUGUGGGCUACGUCGACCGCUUCCUGGGCGUGCGCGAGGAGCCCUUCUGCGCCUUCUGCUGGGACGAGCCGCUGGCGGCGCUGGGACCCGGCGUGCUGGCUGUGCCGCAGCACCGGGUGCGCUACUUCCGCUUCCGGGGCCGCCUCGUGUGGGACCGCGCCUCGCGUACAGACCACGUCUUCGGCUCGGGCUUGGCGGCCGGUCGCGGGCCCACCAUCCUGGACGCGCUCGACAGCGGGGGCGCGCACGACGGUGAGGAUGCCCAUGUCGGCGAAGACGCCCACGGGCCCCAGGACGUGCAUGAUGGCGAGGACGCGCGUGCCCGCGAAGACGCCCGUGCCCGCGAAGACGCCCCUGAGGCUGGGGAUACGCGUGACAGCAAGGAUGCCCAUGUCGCCGAAGACAACGCCCAUGGGCCCCAGGACGCGCACGAAGGUGAGGAUGCCCAUGUCUGCGAAGAUGCCCACGGGGCACGAGAUGCGAGUGACAGCGAGGAUGCCCACGGGCCCCAGGACGCGUAUGAUGGCGAGGACGCGCGUGACCGCGAGGAUGCCCACGUCGGUGAAGACACCCACGGGGCCCAGGACGCACACAGCGAAAAGGAUGCGCUCGGCGGCGUAGGUGCCGCCCCUGCCAACAUCCGAGUGGAAGAGCACAGAGCACCCCACUGGACAGAACUAGAAGUGGGGCGGAGGCCAGCCACCGCAGCCAGGACCACGGAGCCACAGGGCGGGAAGGAGCAGGCCCAGGCUGCCCCGGGAAGGCCCGCGGGAGAUUUCCUGGAAACCAAAGCAGAGUGGGGUCCUGGGGCCUGGCCCUCGGACUGCGGAGAGGCCGCUGGGGCCAGGGCCGCGGGGCCUCGCCAGCCCCGCCCCACGCAUUUUGUGGCUCUCAUGGUGACUGACCCUGGGCUGCAGGCGAGAGUAGCCAGGGCCCAAGAGGAGCUGGUCCGAGCCACGCCCUCGUGCGCCGCGUUCAUGGUACCCGCAGGCGCGCUGCACCUGACACUGGCCCUCCUGAGGCUAGCAGGCCCUGGGGAGGUAGCCGCGGCCCUCGGUGCACUGAGACGUGCGCUCUCGGCUCCAGGGCUUCAGGCACCCCCGCAGGUGAGGUUUAGGCGCCUGCUUCUCCUGAGGCACCACGUACUCUGUGCCCCUCCCUGCCCCUCCCUGGAAAAUAUGGCCCAAGUGCUGAGACAGAGGCUAGAGGCGGAGGGGCUCAGAGUAGUUCAGCCCCUAGGGGGGCUACACCCCCACCUCACCUUGGCCAAGGUGCCCCAAGGUUCUCAAGUCUGCCUCCCCGAGCCCAAGCUCAUCCCUGGACAGGAGCUAGGGAGCCAGCCCCUGGGGAAGCUCUGGUUGUGCCGCGUGGGCAGGGCAGGAGAUACCUACCAGCCCCUGGCUGAGAUGCCCCUGGGGUGACCGCCCCUGCUCAGACCUCUGGGGGAGGCAGAUCUCCACCCUAAAGAACAAGAGAAGACCCAGUCUACGCAGGAAGGGACAAAGUGCUCUCUCUCUCUCUCUCUCUCUUUAAUUUUGGUUUCUCUCAAGCUUCCAAAUGGUGCUCAGUGAUCCAAGGAAAAGAAUGAAGGAAGGAGAAGGGAGGGGAGAGGGAAGGGAGGGGAGGCAGAGGAGGAACAUCUGGAAAAAAAGCAGCCUGACAGUCCAGCUGUUUGCAAACUCAUUGCACAUCCUCCAGUUACAUGGCAGAAGAGGGGGGAGGGCCAAAAAGAAAAAGGGGAGGAAGAAAAAUAACUUAAAUAAACACACACAAAAAGAAAAGAGAAGGAAACAUGACGUGAGCUGGUGAUCCAUGAAGGCAGGGAGGGAGGGAGGGAGGGUAACCGUUUUACCUGUGCUGAACCAAAGAAGGGUGGGGAGCAGGAGGAGGAGGGAGGGAAGGAAAAAAAAACCAGAAGAAACACUGGGGUGGAGGGAGGAGGGACACGGAGA